AUGAAAUUUUUGAUUCUGCUUAAGAAGGAUUUCCUUAUUUAUAUGUAAAUGGUGAAAAAUAUGUGUUUUCUGAAAAAGUACUUGUUUUUGGGAAAGAAUUAAUGGAAAAUUAUUUCAAAAUGUAGAAUUAAAUAAGAAUUUUUUAUCAAAAAAUUUGCCAAGAAAACCUUUUUGAGGAAUAAAUUUAAGAAUCAACAAAUUAAUUUAAAGUUUUUUUAGAAAAAUUCGAUUCUUCUUGGACUUAGUUUGAAGAAAUAUAUGUAAAAGAAUUAAUGGUAAUAGAGAAAUAAGCACGUCGUUAUGUUUAAAAUGCUCUUGAUAUAUUAAAAGAAUUGGAAAAAGUAGAAAACAGUGAGAAAAAGAAGGGAAAAGUAUUCAUUUAGAACCAUUAAGAAUACAUAAACUUAUAAGAAAAUCUUUGCAAAUAGAUAUGUUUAAUGA